AUGAGUUUUUCUACAACAUGUGAAUUCGAUCACUCUAAAAAUAUUCAUCGUAAAUUUAAUACUUUACAUAUCUCAUCAAGAAAACAUAUAGAUCCAUUAGUAACUACAAAACCAUUCGAAACACGUAAUCAUGGAUAACAAUUUGAAUAACAUUUUGCUCAUUACUUAAAAGGUGACUUAAAUCUAUAAAGAUUAAUUCAAACACUCAAUUAUCCAAGAUUAAAUGCUGAACAAUAACUCUAACCUAAACAUAGAAUGACUCUUAAAAUACGUCAAUAAACUGAAUAAAGAAAAAAUUAUCUAAAAAGUAAAAUUGUCAAAGUUCGCAAUCUUAUCAAAGAGAAAGUAGCAAUCAAGAAACCUCAUAAUGAAGAAAUUAGACAAGGCAAUGCUUAAACUCUUACUAUAGUAUAAACUAUUUUAGACAUUGCUAAUCAUAAAGAGAAUUCUGGAGGUUAUUAAGAGAAAUUAAUACCAAAAACUAAAAACUUAAAAUAAUAUAGACUCAAUUAUGAUAAUGUUGAACCAGUUUGUAAAUUACAAUAAUAAGUUAUUUAAUCAAUCCCUACAAGAUCCUAUCUUAAAUCUGUACUUGAAAAUAAUGCUUAACUCUAUCUCUAAGAAUUACAAGAUCAAGCUGAAUAACAUGAUAAUAAUAUCAAUAAAAUUGUACGUCUGAGUAUCUAAACAAAAUAGAAUGACUUUACUUUAUUUCAUAAAGCAGCUAAAACUGAUCGUAGAAAUUAAGAUGGAAUCUUAACACAUGCUGAUGUUUAAUUGUAUGAUUAUUUAUACAACAAACCUAAAGGAGUAAUGAUUCAAAAACAUCCUAAAUAUAUUCAAAAUGUUAUUGAUUCAGAAAUUGAUUUUAGAAAGAACUUUGGUAGAAAAGUACUUACUCAUCGUCACAAAAGAACUCAUUAUAAUUAAGAUCCACCUGAUAAUCCUGAUGAUUCUUGUGCUUCUUCUUUAUAAUCUGCUUGUGAAAUUAAAUUAGAUAAUUAUUAUGCAGAAACCAGAGAAUGGAAACGUAAAUAAUAUUUACAAUUACCCAGACGUAUCAAAUAAUUGAUUGCCUUAGAAGAAUUGAAUUAGUAAUUCUCACCUAUUCAUCUAGGAAAGCCAUCUAUACGACAGUUAAUAAAUUAGAAACUUAAUGACAAUAAACAUGAUGACAAUUUAAUUUUUAACGUUUAAUAAAUUAUGUUCUUAAAACGAGAAGCUCCAUAAAGUGCUAACAAAUUCAACUCAAAUAGGUAACUAUUAUCAUCUAUCCAUUCAGAAAGGACACACGUGCAUAAGUACCUUCUUUUGAGAAUCUUUAAGCAAGAAUUAGAGACUUCUCUUACUCCCGUCUAUCCAAUGUUGUUGCCACUUAACCAUAAAGAAGUGAACCUACUUAUUCCCCUUAUAAAGCUUAAGGUCUUUAAUAAAAGUAUUUAAUACAUUAAUAAUAAGAAUUACUGAUACUUUAGGACCACGAACUAAAUCAUUCAAUAGUGGACAUAAGUGGAGAGAAUCAUUCCAAUCUCCUUCCAUAUCUUCCUAAUCCCCAUUUAAAUUUGUACAAUCUCCACCAUAAAUCAAAUACAGUAUAGAAACUGAAUCAUAUACUAAACCAUCUGAUUCUUUUAAAUAUGAUUCUUUUCGUACUUCAUCUGAACAAUUGAAAAAAAGACAAGGACGUAGUCUUGCAGAUGUUGUUUAAUUGAAUGAAAUUGUGGCACUCAGAAAUAAAAUUGAAUCAUCCUAUGUUAGCAGAAGUUCAUUGACUUCUACUUAUGUGAGUGAACUAGUUAAGUUAGCUUAAGCAAUAACUACUACUUUAAAAAAUGAAUGAUU